AUGGGCAACUCCAGCUCCAGCCAGCAGCUGCCCGGCCCCGCCCACCACCCCCCGCCGAGCAGGAACACCAGGCCGGCGCCGGCCAGCGCAGCCGCCUCGCUCUCCUCCUUCACCAGCCAGCUCCGGCCACACGCCGUCCGCAAGCGCCGCUCGCUCGAGCUGCCCGACCUCACCCACCCCGCACACUUCCAGCUCAGGCUGCCCGCCACGCCCUCCCGCGCAUCCAGCCCCCGCACAGCCACCCGGCCCCUCGAAGCCGCCGCCGACCCGCUCAGCCACCACCCCUCAGCCGCAAUCCCCGACCUCCACCAGCUCCCCGGGGUCACCCUGCCCGCCAGCCCAACGCCCCUCCAGCCAGACUCAGACCCCAUCAGCCACGCCUCCCCCAGAUACGCAGCCACCCCGCAGCAGCACCAGCAGCCCGCCAGCUCGCCCAUCAUCAGCUCCGCCCCGCUCCAGCAGCCCGUCGAGACCGUCCUCCCCCCCCUCCCCCCCCCGAUCAUCCAGCCCCGGCCCUCCCCGCUGCCCUCGCUCGAUGCCGACUCCGCCGACCUGCCCAUCUGCCCCGACGCCGCCUUCUCCUCCGCCGUCUCCGAGACCGUCGCCGCCGCCACCGCCGUCGUCCAGGCCGCACCCGCCCUCGACAUCGGCGCAGGCCCCGACGGCGUGCCCACCCUCCUCACCUGGAAGGAACCCGCUCACGAGGUCUAUGUCACCGGCACCUUCAGCAAGUGGCGACAGCAGAUCAAACUGCGCAAGCCCGUCGUCCCAGAGACAUCCACCGAACAGGACGCAUUCUCAGCCCUCGUCGCCCUCCCCCCCGGCCCCCACCAGCUCAAGUUCAUCGUCGACCGGCGCUGGAAGACCUCCAAGUAUCUGCCCUCGGCCACCGACGACAAGGGCAACCUGAUCAACUAUCUGCAGGUCAACCCGGGCGACCAGCCCUUCCGCGGGCUCGGCCCCCGCGGCAUCUGGAGCGGAUACACCUACGCCGACUGGCCCAUGCCCGGCGCAUCCAUCCUCGAGGACGCCGGCGGCUCGGAGCGCACGGACUCCGAGGACGGCUGGACCAGCGAGAUCCCCGGCGCCCUGCUCGAGUACGAGGAGUACCACGACCGCUCCUCGGCGGACGAGCACGACCCGUCGACGGCUAACAACACCCACCCACAGGCCGAGGCCCACUCGGCCAAGCUCGCCCCCGGCCAGGCCGGCUUCGCCGCCGAGCCCCCCAAGCUGCCCGCCCAGCUCAAGGAGGGCAUCCUCAACCUCUCCUCCAGACUGCCCGAGGCCGCCAGCGACGACAACUCCCUCCUCCCCCGCCCUGACCACUCCGUCCUCAACCAUCUCGCCGCUAGCCCCAUCCGCCAAGGCCUGCUCAGCGUCGGCGUCACCUCCAGGUUCAAGCGCAAGUACCUUACCACCGUGUACUACAAGCCUGUCGACCUCUGA